UGUAAGAAACCUCAAGUUGAAGGUUUUAGUACCAAUGACGACCGCUCUUGAACCGACCCAAGCCCCUUAACUCGUCAGAAAUCAGUUCCAUUAUUCCCUAGACAACCCCACGCUCUUCCAUUUUACAUCGAACAAUCAGACACAAGACUCGAACGAAAAACACUUAAAUCAGAAACCUACACGCAAGACUGCAACCUCGGACAUGGCUUCCGCCCAGAUAAACUGCCCCGUCGUCGGCACUACCAACACUACCCUCCCUCCUUCACAUCCAGAAAUCGACCUCUCCAAGCCGGGCCAGACCUGCCCAGUCGUCGGUGCGACAACAGACCACCACGCCAACCUUCACAAGCACCCCGACGUGCCAAUCCCAGCCGACCGCUCCCCGGCCGACGCAUCGGCAUGCCCCGUGCUGAAAAACAAGGUAGUCAACGAGGACAAGAGCAGAGAGAUAGACGACGAUGUGUGCCCCGUGGUGGGCGCGGCGACGACGGUGCUCCCGCCCGAUCACCCGACUACUGAGGGCAAAGACGACGAGGCGGUUUGUCCGAUCACCAAGGCCAAGGUUGGAUCACAAGGGGAGGUUGCAGGGGCGUCCGGAUGUCAGUGGGAGAGGUGACGGCGCCAUAUGCCCCGUUGCGGCUGUAAAGGCGUAAACGGAGGCUAUCAUUUGAUGGAUGCGGAUGUUGGAUUGUGCGAGCGUGCAAGCAUUUGGCAGCGCGAUAAUUCAUUCAAGUUUUUGGGCUACGCU